AUGCCAGCUAUUGAAGUUUAUGAUGAUUCUAACCCCAAUGAACCCAAUGAAUUAUAUGACACAUUAAGAAACUAUUCGUAUGAAAAGAACUAUUGGGAAUAUAAAGCCGUUCAACAAUAUAUUAAACAACCAUAUGAAGAUAAUGAUGACAUAAGAGAUGAAUAUCAAUUCCCAAGUAUAAACGAUGAUGAUGUUGUUGACGAUGACGAAGAUGAUAUUCAAACAGAAGAAUCAUUCGAAGAUACUGAAGAAGAUAAUAAAAAUAAAAGAAGCUCAAUUCCAAUUGGAUUAACAGAUAUAAUUGAUCAAAAAUGUAACCUUACAAAGGAGAAAGGAAUUACAUUUAAUAUUAUGGUAGCUGGACAAGUUGGUGUUGGUAAGACAACAUUAAUUAAUUCCUUAUUUGAUACAAUUUUAUUAGAUUAUGGUAAUAAUGGAGAAGCUGAUAAUAAUAAGAUUAAAAGUGGAGAAUUACAAAUAAAUAAAUUUAUUUUAGAAAAUAGAGAAAUGAAAUUAAAUUUUACAUGUAUUGAAACAAGUAAUUAUGGUAAUCAAUGUGAUAAUUCAUUUGCAUGGACACCAUUAACAACAUAUAUUGAAGAACAAAUAAAAUUAUAUGUAUUUGAAGAAGAACAACCAUUAAGAAAUGAAAUUAAAGAUAAUAGAGUUCAUUGUUGUUUAUAUUUAAUUGAACCCAAUGGUAGUGAAAGACAAUCAAUAAAAUUAUUAGAUAUUUUAUCAAUGAAAGAAAUUUCUAAAAAAUGUAAUUUAAUCCCAAUAAUUGUUAAGACAGAUAUUUUAAAUUAUGAUGAAAUUAAAACUUAUAAGAAACAAAUAAAAGAAAUUUUUGAAAUUCAAAAAAUUGAAAUUUGUAAAUUUUUAAAAGAUUAUUCAAAUUAUUAUGAUAAUGAACAACAAAAAUUUUUAUUUAAGGAACAAAUUGAAAAUGAUAUACCCUUUGGUAUAAUUACAUCACAAGAUCAUAUAUUAAAUCAAAAUAAUAAAUUAGGUAGAAAAUAUAAUUGGGGUGAAAUAAUUAUUGAAAAUGAAUUUAAUGAAAAUGAUUUUAUUAAAUUACAAAAUUUUUUAUUAAAUGAACAAAUUGUUUCAUUAAUUAAAAGUACAGAAUCAUAUUAUGAAAUUCAACGUGAUAAUAUUUUGAAAUUACGUAUUGAAAAGGCAAAAUUAUUAAUUGAUAAUAAAAUAUCUGAAAAUGAUUUAAUAUUACCAAUAAAUACGAAUGAAUUGAAUGAAUUGAAAGCAAGAACAAUAAAUGAGAACGAAUUAAAUAAUUUUAACCUUUAUUGUUAUAAUAUUUUUAAUAAAAAAAAGAUGGACGAAAUAUUUAUUGAAUGGUCACCACAAUAUAUUUCAAAACAAUUACAAUUUCAACAAAAAUUUAAUGUAAUAUUACAAAUUGAGGAAGAUAAAUUUAAAGAAUGGAAACGUCAUCUUUUAGAGAAACAAAGUGUGUUUAAUCAAUCGAUUGAAUUAUUAUAUAGAGAUUUAGAUUUAUUAAAAUUACAAUGUCAGGAAUUAGAAUAUCAAGUUGUAACAGGUCGAAGUUUACCUUCGAUGAUUGACAUUAAUAAUCAUGCAACCAAAGAAAGUGGAACGGAAUCCAUAUUACCAACAUCAUUAGAUCAUAGUGCAACGUUAGUUACAUUAAACGUACCAAGAAAAUGA